AUGAAGCUCCUGUCCCUGCUCCUCACGGUGGCUCUGGGCCUGGCGACUUCCGUCUCGGCAGGACCGGCAGUGCUCGAGUGCUGGUUGGUGGAAGAUGUCGGCGGCGGCGGCGGCCUGGCCAAAAGACCUGCCGCACUGCUGCUGCGCCAAGGCCCCGGGGGACCUCCUCCUCGGCCGGAUCUUGACCCCAAGCUCUACCUCAAUGUGCACGACCCGGCGGGAGCCCUCCAGACGGCCUUCAGGCGGUACCCCCGAGGCGCCCCCGCGCCACACUGCGAGAUGAGCAGCUACGUCCCGUUCCCCGCCUCCCCGAACUGGGCCAAGGGCCUGAUCUCAGAGCACAGCUGCCCGCGGGCCCUGGACGGGACUUGGCUCAUGGUCAGCAUGUCCAGCCCGGUCCUCAGCCUCACCAGCCUCUUGAAGCUACAGCCAGAGUUACAACUGGAGCCUGUUCCCAUCACCAUGGCAACAGUGGUGCUGACUGUCCUCACCCACACCCCUGCUCCUCGAAUUCGACUGGGCCAGGAUGCCAUGCUGGACUUGAGCUUCACCUAUAUGCCCCCUACCCAUGAGGGUGGUACAUCCAUGGCCCUGGGCCCCCCUCCCUUUGGGCUGGAGUGGCGACGCCAGCACCUGGGUAAGGGGCACCUGCUCCUGGCUGCAACCCCUGGACUGAGUGAACAGAUGCCAGCAGCCCAAGAGGGGGCAGUGACAUUUGCUUCGUGGGAUGAUGAUGAACCAUGGGGCCCAUGGACUGGGAAUGGGACCUUCUGGCUGCCUGCAGUGCGACCCUUCCAAGAGGGCACCUAUCUGGCCACAGUCCACCUGCCAUAUUUGCAAGGGCAGGUCACCCUGGAGCUUACUGUGUACAAGCCCCCUAAAGUGUCCUUGCUGCCAGCACCCCUGGUAUGGGCCGCCCCGGGGGAGGCGCCUCCAGAAUUGGUCUGCCUGGUGUCCCACUUCUACCCCUCUGAAGGCCUAGAGGUUGAAUGGGAGCUCCAGGGUGGCCCAGAGGGUGGCUAUCGGAAAGCUGAGGGGCAGAGGUGGCUUUCCACCCUGCGCCACCACUCUGAUGGCUCUGUCAGUCUCUCUGGACACCUACAGCCUUCUCCUGUCACCACUGAGCAGCAUGGGAUGAGCUACGCCUGUCGCAUCCACCACCCUAGUCUGUCUGCCUUGGGGCGUAGUGCCAAGGUGACCCUGGAGGUGGCAGGCCUUUCUAGGCCCUCCCUAGAGGAUGGGGUGGGCCUCUUCCUCUCAGCCUUUCUCCUCCUCGGCCUCUUCAAGGUGCUUGGCUGGAUUGCUGCCUACAGGUCCAGUUCCAAGGAUUCAAAGGAAAAGUGGGCCAAACGCCUCCUGCCGGGUUCCAAGCGAGUCGACGUGGGCUCCAGAAUCCAGGAGUGGGAGGCCGGAGGGCAGCGGAGCUGGGGACCCGCGCUCCUGGGUCCCGGCCCCCGGCGUCCGGCGCUCCGCUAG